AUGAACUGCAAGUGUCUCGUCGUCAUGUCGGGCUCACGCAGCAGAAGGGCCCAGGUCAAUCAUGCCAUCCAACAAUUCUUUCGUGACCCGGAAACUCCGGACACGAAAGAGGACUGGACCUUGAAACCCGAACUUCCUUCAGCCGAUGAGAUCCUGGGGGAUGAUCCCCCGAGUGAUGAAGUACACCUUGCCCCAAACCACAUAUCCACCCCAUGGCCAUCAGUCCAAACCUACCUGCGGACUCACUACACGCUGGUGAGAGAGGAUAGCGUGGCGCCGCUGAGAGAUGCCGUGGCCCAUGUUCGAAAUGUCCCUCAGAGGAAGGACACGAAAGACUUGUCUGUCUAUGAGAAGGUAUACAUUGUGGGGGCUACUUUGGCAACUCGAGGCCAGGCCUUCACCCUUCGGUUUUCAACCAGACGUGCCGGCAAGAAAAUUAUCUGGAAGCCGCUGGACAAGGUCAACAGAGACCCUCCCGAAAUCGACAUCUUUUUUGCCAACUUAGAGGACAUCUGCUUCGAUCCACAGAAAGAAUGGAUUAUGGUCGAGGCACGGUCGGAAUAUUACGAGGCCCACAGACAUACGAUGACGGCGCUGCAGAAGCUGUCUACUGAAAGGCCUGCCGGGGACAGGCAAGACCUUCGUGUCGGUUGCUGCCCUCAAGGUCCUGCUCUCUCAAACAUGAGGCCAGGUGACCCUCCAAUCAUCGUCGCUGCGCAGACGAACCAUGCAUUGGACCAAUUCCUCAACCACGUCGCGCAGUUUGAGCCCAACUACAUCCGGUUGGGUAGGCGAAGCACCGAUGUGGACAUUCGCCAGCGCAGGCUCUUCUCUGUGAGAAACGAACAGGGAAGGUGGGUGAAAGGUGGAGUCCCGCUGGCCAACAAGCAGCAACAUCAGGAUCUGGUCAAUUGGAUCGUUGGCAUUCUUGAUGCCUUCAGUGGGAUGGAGGAUAAGGGCCCGAUCGAGAGCUCGUCCUUCCUCAGAUCUGGUCUCCUAACUCAGGAACAAUGCGACUCUCUGCAAGCCGAAGACAAAGGCUGGCUGGGUCUGAAGUCAGGAAAGUAUGAGAGUCCAAUGUCCCUGUGGUUGGGAGGCCGACUGAGGCAAUUCGAAGCGGACUUUUCCAGUCCCAACUUCGUAGAGGACGAAAUCGAUCUGGAGUACGAGCAGCUGAGGCAACCCGAGGCCCAGCAAGGACUGGAUGAGGAUACUUGGGAGGGUCUCUGA